AUGCAGACGGAGAACUAUUUCUCAGGAAAAUUGGACAUAACAUAUAACAGUGCUUCACAUGUAGUUGUGUCUCUUGUAAAAAACUAUCCAAAUUAUCUGAUUGUAAAUCUAGAUAAGCUCGACUAUUGUGCAAGCUUGAAGAAUCUUGAAACUGUCUCCAAGAAGGAAAACUAUAAAUUUAUCCAGGGGGACAUUUGUGAACCUCAUUUUAUAAAACAGCUUUUUGAAACUGAGAAAAUUGAUAUAGUCUUUCAUUUUGCAGCCCAAACACAUGUAGAUCUUUCAUUUUGGCAUGCCCUGGAAUUCACCUAUGUGAAUGUUUAUGGCACUAAUGUGUUGGUUGCUGCUGCGUAUGAAGCUAAUGUGGAGAAGUUUGUCUAUGUCAGUACAGAUGAAGUAUAUGGAGGUAGCAUUGAUGAGGAAUUUGAUGAAUCCUCACCAAAACGUCCAACAAAUCCCUAUGCCUCCUCAAAAGCAGCUGCAGAAUGUUUUGUUCAGUCUUAUUGGGAAAGGUACCAAUUUCCAGUUGUUAUCACACGGAGCAGUAAUGUUUAUGGACCACACCAGUAUCCAGAAAAAGUUAUACCAAAGUUUAUCUCUUUGUUGCAACAGAACAGAAAAUGCUGUAUUCAUGGUUCUGGACUUCAGAGAAGGAAUUUCCUUUAUGCCACUGAUGUGGUAGAAGCAUUCCUUACUGUUCUGAAGGAGGGGAAGCCAGGUGAAAUUUAUAACAUUGGAACUAAUUUUGAGAUGUCCAUUGCCCAACUUGCUAAGGAGUUAAUUCAUUUAAUAAAGAAGACCAGUUCAGAAUCUGAAAUGGAGCACUGGAUGGAUUAUGUCAAGGACAGACCGACCAAUGACCUGAGAUACCCAAUGAAUUCAGAAAAAAUGCACAACUUGGGAUGGAGACCUAAAGUGCCAUGGAAAGAAGGAAUAAAGAAAACAAUUGAAUGGUACAAAGAAAAUUUUCAUAACUGGAAGAACGCAGAAAAAGCUUUGGAGCCCUUUCCUGUGACAGACCCAUUUGCACAGCUUAAUGUUCCAUAAGGUGGAAGAGAACCUGAAGGAAUUUAUUCUACCUCAUUGUCUUUUCUUUAAAAAAGUCUGCAAUCAAGUGACCACACUGAACUGUGUAUGUAUUCAAGAUUCACGCACCAUUAUGAGUACAGAACUACAAUACAGCCUGACUUUGGAAGGGUUUUCAGCACUUUAUAGGUGUAACCUGUUAAUUUCAGCUCUUGGUGCAAUAUUAUAUCCUCAUUAAGUAUUGAUUUUCUUUUUCUAAAAAAUUUUCCAGGAUGAAGAGUUUUUAUAAUGCUGUAAAUUUAUAUAGCUGAUGUCAAACUUGCCUUAUGCACUUAGAAUAAGAAUAUUGUGAUUAUGACUAUUGGAACUUCCCAUUAAAUUUUUUUCAGUUCUGAAAUCUUUUCUCUGUAUUAGUCUAUUUUUGCAGUGUAAUAUAUUUAUGUGAAGAGUUCACAGUGAAGAGUUCUGUUGUGAACACAGUGAAGAGUUCUGUUUUAUUUUUAAUUAAGGGGAAAAGAAGCUAUAUUCUGGAGUGUAUUAAUUCAAUUGAUAAAAGCUAAAUAUGGUGCCUAGAUGCUUCACAAUCCUUUUCUCUGUUGGUGCAGUAUUACUUUUUGUAGAUGACUGUUAAAGACUUAUCUACUCUAAAUGUCUCUUCCUCUGCUUCCCUUCUCUUCCUUCUGUGCUUCC